ACAGGACGACGCGGGGAGGCACAGAGAGAGACGGGGGACGACCAGAGGUGCGCGCGAGGAGGUUGGCAGAGAGCAAAGCCAUGAAGAAGCCUCGACCGUUUUGCCAUUGCUUCGGACAGCAUCAGCAUCAUCUCAAGGCCAAGUCCUCGAGCUCGGUGGUGGUAGAUGAGGAGAAGCCGAAAGGACUCUAUCGUUCUCCGUAGUGAGCUAGACUGCUGGUCGAGAGGGCCGUGACGAUUUUAGAGCUUGAUACAGAUUUCGGUGUUUUUGACGACGCAAUCAUGGACCAGGCAGUGGUGCAGAGACAGCAGAUGAUGCAGCAGCAGGACGAGGUGCAAAUGGAGCCCCAAAAACCUGCAGCCAAGCGAAAGAAACGUCAAGUCAUCUCCGCCAGUACAGCCACAUUCACCGAGCUGCAGAAAAUUCUGCAAGAGAUGCGGCCUUACACUCUCCAGGUUUUGAGGACGCCGUAUUACCGCAAUUGUAAAGCUGCGCGGAACAUGCGGCGUGGCAUGCGUCAAAUCAGGGACUUGUGCAAGCAGGUGCGUAUAGAAACGGUGUCCCUCGGAAAGAGGAACAAAGUCGAAGGAACGAGGAGACGGAGGAGACCGGUGAAACCAGCUUCCAUAGAGGACGGUAUUGUAAGUCCACCUGGUGGGGAGGAAGUGACGAGAUCAGAUAUUAUCGCCGGUGAAUCGCAGGACGGGAGAAAUGGCGUCACAGAGGUUUCGGAGCUCCCGGGUGUAGAAUCAUCGCCCUUGGACUCACCCACAGCACCAAGUGUACAUUCAACAAAGGCGGAACUCAUAACACCAAAGACCGAGUUUAUCAUCACGCCCAAACCAGAGAGAAUCAUUGUCUAGAAAGAAGACUGGACAGUCAUACAAAAUCCAAAGGCCAAACUAGAUGAGAACAUGAUCGGACCUGCAUCACACCGAUCUCUCCCGGUCAUAAGUUUAUGCAUCUGAAGAAUUCGUCUUGCUUCCAGUGAUCCGAUUUAGAGAGAGUUUCAAUGUAGCAAUAUCCUACUCCCUGAUGUUGAUGUUUGUCCGGAGGAGGAGCUGAAACAGCUCAGAGAGGUCAAUCAUGAACAUUGCUGUAGAUAGAACAUUUGCUCGCAGUAGCAUUUUUAAGUGGCAGGAGAGAAGUCUUAGUGUAGACAGACACCUAACCCGAAGAGCAGUGAUGGUGAUGUUGUACAGUCGUGUCCUGACCACAGACCAAACUUUGAUGGUCCUUAAGAUUCAGGGUCCCAUUGCUUAGAUCAAUCCCCUAUGCUUUCAAGAAUGCCUCUGUAUUGCAAGCAAGAAGGCACGCCGAGUAGCUAGCAAGCCAUCCGGCAAAACAGAAGCCGGGUCUUGCAUGAUAAUGAUCAGAUUUUGCUACUAACCCAAUUCGUAGAGUUGUAGAUUUCUUUGUCGAAAGUUCGUUAGAGAAGGUCGUAGAAACCCUCGGAACGACUAACUGCCAAUUUAUUAGACCUUGUCACCUGCUGGCCAACAUCUCUGCAUCCUCGGGAGGUGGGCCCACAUAAACUGUGUACUUUCACACGUUUGUAUAGAAAUAUUAAACAAUCAAAUCUUCCGAGUCUUCCCGAUUUGU